AUGCUCCAAGCCUCGCAAGACGUAAAUGAAAGGCACAAUGAAUGGAAUGGACAUGGCCUAUUCACAGUUGAGAAACUGGAACGUGCAGUCGAGGAGCUUAUCUCUUGUUCCGUGGACAUCCAAGAAAGCCCGACGCUAUGCUCUGGGGCCGAUAUCACAUCUAUCGUUCCAAUCAAAGCACCAGAUCGUCGACCAAGCCAAUAUUGCGACAGCACAAUGGAAUUGCAUCAAGCUCUAUUUCCAACUUUUGAAAAAGUCAAACUUUGCGCGGAUGCAAAGUACUUCUAUGCUAUGGCCUGCGGUGUUAGUUUGGUUGAUGAGGGCAUUUUGCGUGCAAUUGCUGAUUCCGGAAAUGAUGUUAUGAUCGGCGAUUACUGCGAAGCGGCCACUGAUGAGAUCCUCUUGCUAUUACAGAAAACUGGGGCUGGAGCUGUGGCGUUUCUGAGGGUUUGCAAUUUGGCAGGGAUAAUUCAUGACUGGCAUAUGGAUCUCCUGGUUGCAGCUCAUCUUCAGUUCCGUGUCUUAGGCUAUUACCGUAACCAUGCUGUCCCCGUUUUACCUGAAGGACUAUACGGCAGUCGAAUGACCGAGUUGACCACUCAUCGGCAUAUUGACAUUGCCAAUGCUGUUGGAGUAGUUGCAGCAUCUUUGGCAACAGGACAACGAAUCAACGAGGCUGAAUACAUGAAGCUGUCCUAUGGAUCUACCCUGAUCAACGAUCUGGUGGAUUUAAGAAGCGAUACGAUGCGCAAACAAAGGGAGAACCCCAUCCUUAGAGGCGUGAGGGGAUCAACCUGUCAAUAUCUCAACAAGAAAAUCUUCGAUUGCUUAACUUUCGCCACAGAGCUCAUUGAGACUAAACAACUACUUGCUAUAGUAACAAUGGCUUUUUGCAAUUGGACUGUCAUGGCUUCUCAUCAUAAACUAUAUGAGUUAUACCACGAAACUUGUGAAAACACUGAAGUCAAAAAAUGCAGCUACCAUGGUCUUGAAGAGCAGUAUGAUAAGUUGGUUAAGGCUUUGCAGCCAUAUGGGUCACUGGGAGAUGACGGCCCUCAAUGGGCUAAGAAACGCAUGGAGCUGGAUGAGCUAUACAGCAUCAACCGUCAGUCAACAAGAACUCAUUUCGCUUGGCUGGCCGAUAUGACAAGGAUAUUGCUAAAUCCCUCCAAUCUUCGGAGGAUCGUUGACGUCGUACAUUACUCUUGGAUUGGUGAUACUGGCCAGGUGGAAUAUUGCCCCUGA